AGUCGUGGGCCCCGGUGGGGCUGCCGGCUGGCUGCCCCACGGAGGCUCUGGCCAUGCCCGGCUGGCCCUGGCGGCUGCUGCUGACCGCGGGCACGCUCUCAGCCGCGCUCAGUCCCGGACCCCCGGCCAGCGCCGACCCCUGCCAGGACGAGGGCGGCGCGCCCCGCAGCUGCGUUCCGGGCCUGGUGAACGCCGCCCUGGGCCGUGAGGUGCUGGCGUCCAGCACGUGCGGGAGGCCAGCGACUCGGGCCUGCGACGCCGCGGACCCGCGGCGGGCACACCCGGCAACCCUCCUGACCUCCCCAGUGGGCACCGGAAGCCCCUUGUGCUGGCGUUCCGAACUGCUGCAACGGGCACCCCUCAACGUGACCCUUACAGUGCCCUUGGGGAAGGCUUUCGAGCUGGUCUUUGUGAGCCUGCGCUUCUGUUCCGCUCCUCCGGCCUCGGUGGCCCUGCUCAAGUCACAAGACCAUGGCCGCAGCUGGGUACCUCUAGGAUUCUUCUCUUCCUACUGUGGUCUGGACUACGGGCGUCUGGCUGCUCCCACUGAUGGCCCGUCUGGUCCAGGGCCCGAAGCCCUGUGCUUCCCAGCCCCCCAGGUCCAGCCUGAUGGUGGUGGCCUUCUGGCCUUCAGUGUACAGGAUGGCAGCCCACCAGGCCUGGAUCUGGACAGCAGCCCGGUGCUCCAAGACUGGGUGACUGCCACUGAUAUUCGCAUACUGCUCACGAGGCCUACUAUUCUGGGGGACAACAGGGACGCUGAGGCCACCGUCUCUUACUUCUACUCAGCCACUGAGCUCCAGGUGGGCGGUCGCUGCAAGUGCAAUGGGCAUGCCUCCCGGUGCCUGCUGGACACCCAGGGCCACCUGAUCUGCGACUGCCGGCAUGGCACAGAGGGGCCUGACUGCGGCCGAUGCAAGCCCUUCUACUGCGACAGGCCAUGGCAGCGGGCUACAGCCCGGGAAGCCCACGCCUGCCUUGCUUGCUCCUGCAAUGGCCAUGCUCGACGCUGCCGAUUCAACAUGGAGCUGUACAGACUCUCUGGCCGCCGCAGUGGGGGAGUCUGCCUCAACUGCCGGCACAAUACUGCUGGUCGACACUGUCACUACUGCCGGGAGGGCUUCUACCGUGACCCGGGCCGGGCCCUGAGUGACCGACGUGCUUGCAGAGCCUGUGAUUGCCACCCCGUUGGUGCUGCUGGCAAAACCUGCAACCAGACCACAGGCCAGUGUCCUUGCAAGGACGGAGUCACCGGUCUCACCUGCAACCGCUGUGCCCCAGGCUUCCAGCAGAGCCGUUCUCCCGUGGCACCCUGUGUUAAGACCCCUGUCCCUGGGCCCACGGAGGAGAGCAGCCCUGUGGAGGCACUGGAUUGUGAGUCACAUUGCAGACCUGCGAGUGGCAACUACCGAAUCAGCCUUAAGAAAUUCUGCCGGAAGGACUAUGCGGUGCAGGUGGCUGUGGGCGCGCGCGGUGAGGCACGCGGCGCGUGGACGCGCUUCCCCGUGGCGGUGCUCGCUGUGUUCCGGAGCGGCGAGGAGCGGGCCCGGCGCGGGAACAGCGCGCUAUGGGUGCCAGCCCGAGACGCCGCCUGUGGCUGUCCCCGCCUACAACCUGGCCGCCGCUACCUGCUGCUGGGGGGCGGGCCAGGGGCUGCGGCCGGGGGCGCGGCGGGCCGGGGACCUGAACUCAGCGCCGCCCGCGGAAGCUUGGUGCUGCCCUGGAGAGACGCGUGGACGCGGCGCCUGAGGAGGCUGCAGCGGCGCGAGCGGCGGGGGCGCUGCGGGGUGGCCUGA